AUGAGUGCAAACAUGAGUAAUAAGAACGAGGAGACGGUGUUUAAGAACGGCGAUGGUGGCUAUCCCGACGAAGAGCUCCCACCACAGAAGCCGAAGAGGCGUCAGUCGGUUCUCUCCAAGGCCAUUACCGAGCACAAUGAAGACGACGUUGAUGAAGUGCCAAUUCUACCGCCAUCAAAUGGCCUGACGAGUGCUGAAGCCGAAGAGUUACUUGUCAAAUUUGGCCGCAACGAGCUCCCUGAGAAGACGACACCUGGCUGGCUGAUAUUUGUGCGUAACUUGUGGGGUCCCAUGCCCUUUGCGCUGUGGGUCGCCAUCAUUAUUGAAUUCGCGCUGGAGAACUGGCCCGAUGGUGCCAUUCUUCUUGUCAUCCAGCUAGCCAACGCCACGAUUGGGUGGUACGAGACAAUCAAGGCGGGUGACGCCGUGGCUGCGCUGAAGAACUCGCUGAAGCCCGUGGCGACCGUCUUCCGUGACGGGAAGUGGCAACAGCUGGAUGCCCGCCUACUGGUGCCUGGCGAUCUUGUGAAGCUUGCAUCCGGCUCCGCGGUCCCUGCUGACUGCAGCAUCAACGAGGGUGUGAUCGAGGUGGACGAGGCGGCCCUUACGGGUGAGUCGCUUCCUGUGACGAUGGGAACGGAUCACAUGCCAAAGAUGGGCUCGAACGUUGUGCGUGGUGAGGUGGACGCAACGGUGCAGUACACAGGACAGAGCACCUUCUUUGGCAAGACGGCGGUGCUGCUACAGUCUGUGGAAUCCGAUCUUGGCAACAUCCAUGUGAUUCUUGCGCGGGUGAUGGUGGUGCUGACGAGCUUUUCGUUUGUCCUAUGUCUCACAUGCUUCAUCUAUCUGAUGGUGAAGUUUGGUGCGACGUUCCGUCGUGCACUACAGUUUGCCGUGGUGGUGCUUGUGGUGUCUAUUCCGAUUGCCCUUGAGAUUGUUGUGACAACGACGCUUGCCGUGGGUUCAAAGAAGUUGUCGAAGCACAAGAUCAUUGUGACGAAGCUGACGGCAAUUGAGAUGAUGUCGGGUGUGAACAUGCUGUGCUCCGACAAGACGGGGACGCUGACACUGAACAAAAUGGAGAUCCAGGAUCAGUGCUUCACUUUUGAGGAGGGCUACGACCUGCACUCUGUGCUUGUGUUGGCAGCACUUGCUGCGAAGUGGCGUGAGCCUCCUCGUGAUGCCCUGGACACAAUGGUGCUGGGAGCCGCAGACUUGGACGAGUGUGACAACUACACGCAGAUCGAGUUUGUGCCGUUCGAUCCGACGACGAAGCGCACGGCCGCCACCUUGAUUGACAAGCGGACCAACGAGCAGUUCAGCGUGACGAAGGGCGCACCGCACGUGAUCAUCCAGUUGGUGUACAACCAGGACGAGAUCAACGACCAGGUGGUGGAUAUCAUUGACAGCCUUGCCGCGCGUGGCAUCCGCUGCCUUUCAGUGGCCAAGACGGAUGCACAGGGUCGAUGGCAUCUGUGUGGCAUUCUGACCUUCCUUGACCCCCCACGCCCUGACACGAAGGAUACGAUUCGCCGAAGCAAGCAGUACGGUGUGGACGUAAAGAUGAUUACUGGUGACCACGUGUUGAUUGCAAAGGAGAUGUGUCGUAUGCUUCGCCUUGACCCGAACAUCCUAACGGCUGACAAGCUGCCCAAGGUGGACGUGCACAAUAUGCCGGAUGAUCUUGGUAAAAAAUACGGGGAAAUGAUAGUUGGUGUUGGUGGCUUUGCGCAAGUGUUCCCAGAGCACAAGUUCAUGAUCGUUGAGGUUCUGCGUCAGCACGGCUUUACCUGUGCAAUGACGGGUGAUGGCGUGAACGACGCCCCCGCCCUGAAGCGUGCGGAUGUGGGUGUUGCUGUGCAGGGUGCGACAGAUGCUGCGCGUGCAGCGGCGGACAUGGUGCUGACUGGUCCUGGGCUGAGUGUUGUGGUUGAGGCGAUGCUUGUGUCCCGGCAGGUGUUCCAACGCAUGCUCUCCUUCUUGACGUACCGUAUCUCUGCCACAUUGCAGCUUGUGUGCUUCUUUUUUAUUGCUUGUUUCUCUUUGACGCCCCGCAACUAUGGCAGUGUUGAUCCUGAUUUCCAGUUCUUCCAUCUUCCCGUGCUGAUGUUUAUGUUGAUCACGCUUCUGAAUGAUGGUUGCUUGAUGACGAUAGGCUAUGAUCGCGUGGUACCCUCCAAGUUGCCGCAGAGAUGGAACCUCCCUGUUGUGUUUACGAUUGCGAUUGUCCUGGCUGUCGUGGCUUGUGCUUCUUCACUGAUGUUGUUGUGGAUUGCGCUUGAGGCUUGGAGUGAUGAGUCCUACCAUCACUCCUGGUUUAAGCAUCUUGGUCUCGCACAGCUGAAGCAGGGCAAGGUUGUGACACUACUGUACCUCAAGAUUUCCAUCUCCGAUUUCUUGACUCUCUUUUCAUCACGUACCGGUGGGGAGUGGUUCUUUUCGAUGAUGCCUGGCUUUGUCCUGCUCACUGGUGCGGUUAUCUCGCUGAUGGUGUCAUCAGUGGUGGCCUCAUUUUGGCACGAGUCGCGUCCGGAUGGUUUGCUGACGGAGGGUCUUGCGUGGGGAAAUACCAACAGCGAGAGGCUCUUGCCGCUGUGGGUGUGGAUUUACUGCAUUGUGUGGUGGUUUAUUCAAGAUAUUGUCAAGGUGGCGUCGCACAAGUUUAUGCAGUGGACGGAUAUGUUCGGCUGCGUGUCGAAGGCUUACGGUGGAAAUGUUAUUGAGCAGUAUGUGGACGGAACAUGUAGUUCGGAUCCGAGAAAAGUGUCAAAUGAGCCUGCGGUGUAA